GACCACCGAGCGGUUCGCUCGCUCGCGCCGUUCUCCCGCGGACGAUUCGUCGCACGCACUUCCCGCGGUCGCGGUCCGUGGUGGAAGAGAACGAGUUUCCGUGCAGGAGGGACGAAAUUGAAAUUGUGGGGAACGUGAGACCGUUUCGGAUUACAUGGACUAAAUGGAUUGAAUCUAUUAAAUCGUCGAUCUUCGGACGAGCGACAGUUGCGAAAAAUCAGGGAGGACCGUCGAUCGAUCGAGGCAAGUUUUUCGGUCACUCGGGGGACAUUUAACCCAGCCAGGAGUACGGGAAGAGCAAGAGCUGUGCGGCGCCAUUGCUGGAGCGCACGCAGCCGCGGAGGGUGCGCGCACCUGCUGCAUCCUGGGAUAUUAAUUUCCCUCCCCCCGGGAAAAGCGUGGAAGGAGAAGGGCGAGUCUUAAGAGGAAGGGGACGCACCUGCGGGCUUUCCAGUUUUCCCGAGUCGUUCUCUCUUUCUCUCUCUGGAGAGAGAGACGCUAAUUCCGGAGAUCGAAUUCUCGCGAGAGCCGUUCGACCGAGAGGAGGGCUCGCUUCACGGAGAGUCCACGGACCUUGGACGGGAAGGCGCGCUCUGGCGCAUGCGCCGGCCGGUCGCCGAGCGGAGGCACGGCAACGCCGGUAACCUCGAGGACGCGUGCCGAUUUCCGCAGUCCGCGAGAGGAGGCAGUCGGUGACGAACGUAGGGGAAUGCGCGCGGCCGCUCGCAAGAGGUAACGACGGCCCGAGGGGCCAGAGUGCGGACUCGGAUGACGGACGCGUCGUAACGGGUCGGGCCAUCGGCCCGUCGAAGCACUCGAAGGAUGGACCUCCUGCCGGCCGACCUUUUGGUUCCCGCCAAGAUCGUCGACGCCGCGACCUACCACUCGACCUUCUACUCGCCCCCGCCCACCGAAGCGUCCCGGUCGGGCUACGACUCCAGCAGCGGCGAUGACACCGAGAGCGAGUACAGUUCACCGUUGAAUCGCGCGAAUCGCGCGAAUGGCGCGAAUCCGCGGAUUCAGAACCCUUCGACCAGUUCUGGCACUCAGCUGCAGGGGAAGCACAUCAACAAGGGUCGCUGGACCAAGGAGGAGGAUGCCCUGCUGAAGGAGCUGGUAAGCGCCGUCGAGCAGCUCGGCACCGGAUUUCGAUGGGACACCAUAGCCGCGCACUUUCCCGACCGCAGCGACGUCCAGUGCCAGCAGAGAUGGGCCAAGGUGGUCAAUCCGGAGCUGGUCAAGGGGCCCUGGACCAAGGAGGAGGACGAGAAGGUCGUCGAGCUGGUGGAGCGGUACGGACCUAAGAAGUGGACCCUGAUAGCCCGCCACCUGAAGGGCCGGAUCGGGAAGCAGUGCCGAGAGCGAUGGCACAAUCACCUGAACCCUGGGAUCAAGAAGACCGCCUGGACCGAGGCGGAGGAUAGGAUCAUCGUCGAGGCCCACCGGAGGGUCGGCAACCAGUGGGCCAAGAUCGCUAAGCUGCUGCCCGGUAGGACCGACAAUGCCAUAAAGAACCACUGGAACUCCACCAUGAGGAGGAAGUACGAGACGGAGGAGGGCAGAGCCAACGGAUCGAGAGGUCGAGGCAGGAGAAAAUCGUCGGAGCCCACCGUCGUCCUUCCCAAACGGGAGCCCACGGCGACCAGAGGGGGGAACGGACCUAUCUCGGUUAACCGGGAAGGCACCUCCUCGUCGACGAGCGCCUCCCUCGGUUCCGUUCUGGCGGAGGCGAGCUGCUCCAAGGGUCUCGAGGUCGACCAGCUGGACUGGAGCAGGGCCUGGGAGCAGCAACAGCAACAACGGCAACACCAACAGCAACAGCGCCAGCAACUCAGGGCGCCCCAGCUGCCCGUCCUGUCCGGGUGUCGCGACGACCCCGAGGACUCCGUGGACGAGUCGAGACUGGAUUCGCCCACGAGGGAGGGGCUGCGACUCAAGCACGAGGUGUCGCCGUUCUCUAGGUAUUUCGGCCUGGACAUCGCCACCGAGGCGGCCGGCUCCAGGAGCUCCGACAUCAGACUGCUACCCAUGCCAGACCUCGAGGAGGUCGACGAACCCCUCGGCAAGAGGAGCAGCCCUCCGCCGAUCCUCCGCAGAAAGAGGAACGUCCACUCGUUGGACCAGUCCAGGACCGAGACCCCCGACAGCGGCAACCAGUCGGACUACUUGACGAUACCCGGCGAUCCCCACCAUCCCCACGUAGGGGGCGGCGGGGUUCACCAGGGCGCCCAUCACGGGGAUCACCAUGGCGGCGCGUCGGGCGCCACGACGCCCUCGACGCCUAUCAAGCAGCUACCCUUCAGUCCCUCGCAGUUCCUGAACAGCCUCAGCCCCGAGACGUCCUGGCCGCGAGCCAGUACUCCGAUGGGCAGUCCGAACAGUCCGCUGACCACGCCGCAACCCUCGGGGAUGCGCAGGAAUCACGCCGAUGGUGGCGGCACGCCGAGGACGCCGACACCCUUCAAGAACGCUCUGGCCGAGCUGGAGCGCCGGAGCGGCGCCGCGACGCAGUUGCCGGCCACCCCGAGUCGGCUGGACGCCCUUACCGAGAUCAUCAAGCAGGAGACCGACCAGGAGACUCUGGCCGGCACGAGUGUCCUGCAAGACUCGGGAUACGGCACCGGCAGGCGUCGUGGAAAGGAGAACAGCGCACCCGGGGGGAAGCGGGCUCGGAAGGCUCUAUGUCAGGCCUGGGCGAGCACCCACGACUCCUCCGACAUGAGCUUCGCCGUCGAGACGCCGAGCAAGAGCCUCGACACCUCGGAGCUGUUCUCGCCGGCGUCCUUGGUCCUGGACGACAGCUUCCUGGCAGCCGGACCUAGUCCAGCGAAGACCUCCCACGACUUUGCCACCCACCGGAGAACAAACGCCAAGAGGGCGAUCCUGUUCGAGGCCUUCGAGAACCCCUGUAACCUCAGCCCUCUGCCUCUGCCUCUCAGGCCGUCGAAACGCGCCAGGAAGGUGCAACUGGAGGCCCAGUGGGCCAUAAUCGCCUUCGGGCGCACCAGAGACCAGAUAGAGAUGACCAGAGCGGCGAGGCACUUCCUCUGCGCGAACGGCCUCCUGGCGUUGAAGCCCCGUUCCCUGAACUUCUAAAAUAUCCUCGAGAGGAAGAGUGACACCCCGUUACGUCGGUCUCACGCGGAAAAAGGACCUAGGCGAGAAUCCAAAGACACAGGAAAAUUAAACAUGGAGGAAGGGAGACACUCGGAGGCGGUUCCUAAGGGUGGAUGGACCACGGUCGACUAGGUCGACGUUCGAGCGGAUAGGAGAGAGAAAAAAAAGGAAAAAUACUUAGUCAAAGAGGAGAUAUAUCGGUUUGAACGCGUUUCCCUGGAAGGGCUCCCCCGGGUCCCACUCGGAAAGCCCGCCGUGGUCGGUUCGCCCAAUUGGAAACCCACUAUAUUUACGUGUAUAUGAUAUAAAAUAUUAUUGCGGGCCGUUAUGUACAAAGAACCUUGUAAUUGGUAUUUCAAUUUACAACGAGAGGAAAAACAAUAAAGCGGCGAAAAAUCCA